CCGAUGUGCAAGUCGUUCCAACUUUUACGGUAAAGGUGCCGGGCCGCCGGCUGAUCUGUCCUAGUAGAGUAGUACUACUUUCAACUUUGGGUCUGUUAUACACGGUAUGCUUGUCAAUGCUCAUGCAUAGUUAACACGUCGUGUCUUAAUACUCAGUUGGUCGUCCACAAAAUGCCUCGGCGCGCAAGAGUGCACUUCGUGUCGCUGAAAUCAUCGCUGGUCAAUCUCCCAAUAUCAAUAUACGGCCCCCUUCUCGAGAGACAGAUUCGUCCGCAAACCCUUGCUGUCCACCUCAAGUCCACCAAUGGCGAGGGAAGAGAGGCCUACGUUGGCUGGACCGGCAUGGCCUCUGCAUCCUCCCUUGCCUCAUUCAACUCUACUGCAGGCGAACGUGGAAUAGAGACGCUGGAGAUAGAUCCACAGUACGCAUCAGGCUUAGGCUUCAAAGAAGGAGAUGUGGUGGAACUGGGUUUAUUAUAUGACCUCCCUUAUGCGAAGACAGUGAGCACUGAACCUCUCAGCGCAGAUGACUGGGACGUAGUAGAACUUCAUGCAGCACACGUUGAAGGCACUCUCCUCUCCCAAGUGCGAGUCGCGAACGUCGGACAGGAGAUCAAUGUUUGGGUACUCGGGCGGACGAGAGUACGACUAAGAAUUGUCUCGCUCGACACUUCUGCAACUGCAGCGCUGCUCACAACCGAUACCGAGGUUAGCAUUGCCCCCAAAUCGCAUAGGAAGCCGAAAGCCGAAACCAAAACCUCAUCUUCAACAAGCUUAUUAGAGCAUGGAACCGUUCCUCUGACGCAGGACAAACCCUCAUAUCCGUCGGAAAUUCUCCGAGCACUCCCUGCCCGCCUCGUCAAUUUCCCCGAAUUCAUUAUUCCACGCGAUGGCAAAACACGCGCAUACAUUCAUCCUUACACUCUAUCGCUGCUUACGGGCACUCCGUACAUCCCAUUCGACCCGAAUCCCAACCCUCCACGCUCAGGUUGGUGGUGUGCACGUGCGCGUCGAUUGGAACCACCCAAGGAUCCUACGGAUAUCAUAAAAUCCGGUACCGGUGAUAACGCCACCAUGAAGUCAAGUGCUGAAACAGAGCAGGAGAAUGGCAAUGCAAAGAUACUGCACCCGGGAUCAAAAAAAGAGGUAGGAGCAAAAGAUGAUGAAGGGAACGGAAAGGAUGUAUGGGAGGUGUGGCUGGGAAUCUCUGAUCGUGUUUUGGAGACGCAUGUGAUGUUUGUUGGGGAAGUGAAGUGUGGGGUAGGGGAUUGGGAUCUCGUUCGGAUAUCGCUGAUGGGCGCCCAUGAGGAAGGGUCCGCAAUAAAUGGGACCCUCGACGAUCUUACGUCCACACCGUCAUCCUCACCAGCGAUACCCUCGGAAUCAUCGAUCCCCCUAUCGGGUGUCUCUGACAUCCUCGAAGCCACGACAAAGACUUGUGUUGCCAACUACGCCGUACAUGCACGCAAGGAUGUCGUUCGGGGAGUUCCUGGCAUCUUGAUCACAGGCCGUCAGGGAAUGGGCAAGACAUCAGUUGCAAAGGAGAUAGCUCGCAGACUCGAAGCAGACGAGCGCGUGUAUGCUUCCGUACAUUACAUCGACUUCUCCCAGCUCGCAUCCAAGCCCGCUCAAACCCUUGGUGCACUUUUUCGUCACUUCUUUGUUCUAGCACGAUGGCACAGCCCCUCCGUACUCGUUUUCGAUAACCUCGACAAAGUUUGCGCUGCGGAGGUCGAACAUGCGGACUCCUUCCGCCAACGGCACAUAACAGAGCUCUUUCUCAUGCAUUUCAGUUCCAAUGAACGCCUCGCACCUUCCAACUUCCGUGGUAUCGUACUCCUCGCCACAGCAGAGAGCCAGACUAGCGUACAUUCGCUUCUGCAUACGCUGCAUGUGUUCAAGGAUGUCGCAUCCAUUCCUCCGCCGGGAAGGGAGGCGCGGAAGGAGAUUCUCGCCAGUCUUGUGUCACGCCGCCUUUCUAUGGCUAAGAAGCCACUGUCCUUUGUUGUCGACGAAUCGGACCCACCGGAGUACACUCGGCUCGCUGUAGGGACAGAGGGUUACUCCCCGGUAGACCUGCGAGACCUUGUCAAGCGCACGAUACAGGUCGCUGUUGGGCGGGCGGUUUCGGAAGUAGGCGUGAAUGUUGAGAAGGUGACACUUUCGGCGAAAGAUUUUGUAGAGGCACAUGAGGGCUUUGUGCCCCUCUCACUGAGGGAUGUACCCUUGCAAAAGUCGGACGUAGAAUGGGCUGACAUUGGCGGCUUGAAGGAUACUAAACUCGUGCUGAGGGAGACCCUUGAGUGGCCAACGAAGUAUGCUCAAUUAUUUAAACAGUCCCCGUUGAGAUUGCGAUCUGGGCUGCUCCUGUACGGCUAUCCUGGUUGUGGCAAAACGCUACUUGCGUCAGCUGUCGCGAAAGAGUGCGGGCUCAAUUUCAUCAGUAUCAAGGGCCCCGAGCUAUUGAAUAAAUAUAUCGGACAGAGUGAAAAAUCAGUGAGAGACAUCUUCGAUCGUGCGUCGGCUGCCAAACCCUGCGUGCUCUUUUUCGACGAGUUUGAUUCGAUUGCACCUAAAAGAGGACAUGACAGCACGGGCGUGACAGAUCGCGUGGUAAAUCAGAUGCUAACCCAGAUGGAUGGCGCUGAGGGGCUCGAGGGAGUCUAUGUCCUCGCUGCCACGAGUCGGCCAGACCUCAUUGACUCCGCACUGCUUCGUCCCGGACGGCUGGACAAAUCUUUGCUAUGCGAUCUGCCUGGUAUCGAGGGCCGAAAAGACAUUUUAGUUGCGGUAUCCCGGAAGCUAACACUUGCAUCCUCCGUCGACUUUGAUGAGCUUGCACAUAUCACUGAGGGCUUCUCGGGUGCUGACCUGCAGGCGCUUGUGUACAAUGCACAUCUGGAGGUGGUGCAUGCUGCUAUUGACGCUGAGAAGCUGGAUGGUGAUGGUGGAGGUGAUGUCGAGGUGGGCCGGAGGAGGGUGGGCGUGGGAUUGAGUGACGAGGUCCCAGUAAAAUAUGUGGUGCUGGGCGCUGGGAAGGAUGCGGCGAAAACGACAUCCAAGGCAGACGAGACGAAGAUGCAGCAGCGGCUGCAACACAUCAGGGCUUCGAAAUCCGGGGGAAUGUUGGCAGAUAGCAGUGCCGUUGUGACGCCCAAGCAGCACGAGAUUACCCAAGAAAAUCUAUUGAAAGUGCUCAAAACUACACGGCCAUCUGUUUCGCGCGAGGAACAGGUAAGGCUGGGGAGGAUAUAUCGAGAGUUCGUGUCGGAUCGAGGUGGUGGCGAGAAGACAUUCCCGGCGCCGGGUGGUGAUAGUGGGGUUGGGAGCCGAGCGUCACUGGGAUGAGGAGCGGACUCAGGUCAGCAUCCAGAGUCUUCUGCCAUGCAGUAACCUAGUAUCGAGAUAGGAUCUAAACAUGCGGGCUUAUGCCUUCCACUUGCAGUGCAGCUCUAUGGGGGAGAUUAUCUCUCAGCCAAAUUUCAAGUAUAUUUGCCUUGGGAAACAUAGACACAACUCCGACUGCUUAGUCUCUCAGACCUUGUAGAAACAGUACUUUGUUCCUGCUGAGAUAUUCCAAACGUGGAUAGCACCCUGGUCCCAACAAUUUAAAUAUGCAGUGCUCGCUAGAUAAGAAAGCCGCGGGCCCCUGCUGCAACAACC